UCAUGAUGCUUGGCGCGCAGGGCGGCGUUUUAUCUUCUUCUUAGGUUUUUCUCCCGGAAACUUCCAAAUCCGUAUCACACCACUGCCCACAACGCCAACAAAUUCACCAUUUUUUGUCAAUACGAAGAAGAAGAAGUUCAAACCCACAAUUUUGGUUGCCUCCUUACUCCUUUCUGCUCGUUUUUACUCAUGGCCGGUACUGGAAUCCACCCGUACCACCAGCAAUGGCCUGCUGCCGCCGCCGCUCCUCCUCCUCCUCCGCCACAAGCCGCCGCCGCCGCUCCCCCUCCUAUUCCCCACCCACAUCCUCAGAUCCUCGUCGACAACCCCGGCCGCCAUGCCUCCGAUGAGGUUCGAACUAUAUUUAUAACAGGUCUUCCUGAAGAUGUAAAAGAGAGAGAGCUACAGAAUCUCCUCAGAUGGUUACCUGGUUACGAGGCUUCACAAGUAAAUUUUAAAGGUGAAAAGCCUAUGGGCUUUGCUCUCUUCUCCAAUGCACAGUUUGCUAUUGCUGCGAAAGAUGCCCUUCAGGAUAUGGUUUUUGAUGCGGAGUCUAAGUCAGUGUUGCACACGGAGAUGGCCAAGAAAAAUCUCUUUGUUAAACGAGGCAUUGUUGCUGAUGCAAGUGCUUAUGACCAAAGUAAACGUUUGAGAACUGGUGGUGACUAUGCCCACACCGGAUAUUCAAGCCCAUCACCUUUUCAUGCACCUCCACCCCCUAUUUGGGGGCCUCAUGGGUAUAUGGCUCCACCUCCUCCUCCAUACGAUCCGUAUGGAGGUUACCCUGUUCCACCUGUUCCUAUGCCUGCUCCUGCGCCUGUACCAGCACCUAGCAGCUAUGUGCCCGUUCAGAACACUAAGGAUAAUCCUCCUUGCAAUACCCUAUUUAUUGGCAAUCUGGGGGAAAAUGUAAAUGAAGAGGAACUCAGAGGGCUUUUUAGCGUACAGCCUGGAUUUAAGCAAAUGAAGAUUCUGAGGCAGGAAAGGCACACGGUCUGCUUCAUUGAGUUUGAAGAUGUGAACACUGCCACCAAUGUGCAUCAUAGUUUGCAGGGUGCUGUUAUCCCUAGUUCCGGCUCUGUGGGCAUGAGAAUACAAUUUUCAAAGAACCCAUUUGGGAAACGGAAGGAUGCUACUUACCCUGUUUCUGCUCCUGGUGCGAAUGGAACUCCACAAGCUAUGGCAUACCAAUAGCGUGAAGGGGAUGUACUCUGUUCUUUUUGCUCCAACAAAUACAAGCACUAGAUGAUAGGAUGCAUCUUGCAGCAGUUGCAUGCAUCCAUGAAUCCAUUUCAUAUCAAGUCAUCAACAUUUUCAUCUCCAUGGGAAUGAAUGCUCAUAUUGGUGUCACAAACAUUCCAUUUGGAAGCAUGUUACUGUAGCCCUUAUUUGCGACAUGCAUUUAUUUAUUAGUAACUGAGAAGAUUUAAGUAGCUGGAUUACAUAAUAGGGGCUCAGAUAUUAUUAUCAUUUGUAGGAUGUGUGCUGUGCAUUAGUCCUAUCUUUUAUUGUUUGUGUAUGAGUAUGUAGCUGUUUAUCUAAAUGGAUUUCUUGGUUUAUUAAGAGCAUCCACAUGUAAAGGUUCAUCUCACCUUGCGCAAUUUUAAGUCGUAGGAGUUUCCAUAUCAUCGUGCUACUUUAGGAGGAAUGUAGGGCAAGUAGGCCACCAAACAACUCAUCACGCCAUUACUUCCUUGAUUUUUCUAUUAACAUUCCCAUAAUCAUCACGACCACAUCAUACUCGGUCAGCAACUAAUUCAUGGUGAAGUAUUCACAUUUAGGGCUUGUUUGGAUUAACUUUUCAAGUGGUUGGAAAUAUUUUUCAUCCACUUAAAAAGUCAAUCCAAACAGGUCACAAAACUACUUCUAAGACGUUCAUUUCUUAAGCAUAAAAAAAUAUAGUGGCAUUUACAUACAGGAUUCAAGUAUGAAUUGACCAGGCUGCUAUCCAUUUGAGGUCCAGUUUCAGGUGCUAUCUGAAGUUUCUCUUCACAGCAUUCAGGAAGGCUUCAAAUGCAUGGAGGUGAAGUGUUAUCAUCAAUUCAGGGUGAAGAGUAUAAUUCCCUCCCCCCCCACCACCACAUAAUUACUUGCAAAGAUUGACAGAAAAUUAUAUAGAGGCCACAGGACUAUGAUUCAAAGAGCCAGUUCGAGACAUCUGCUCAUCAUUGUCGAGUUUGCUGGAUGUAUCCAACUUGGCUACAAAACUGGAGGAAGUUGAUUCCGCUGCUCGGGCUGGCGUUGUGCUAGACAUAUUGGUGGGAUGCAAAGAAGUGCAUAGUUUAAUCAAGAUCUAGAUCAACUUAUUCUUGUUUAGGAUCGCCAUUCUAGUGCUUUCAUGGAGUUGUCCUUCUGCAGACUUCUAUCUUGUCGAGUGUUUUAAAACUGUUUGGUCGUUACAAUCUCCUAGACAUAAUUGCUCUGACAGGAGUUUAGAGCCUUGGUUCCUUUAUGAAGCUACCUGACUUAUCUAUGGAAGGAUAAAAUUAAAAUAAAUGCAA